AUGGAUUCGACAAACAGUGCCACGGGCCCGAUUUUCGUAGCACCAGUUGGAAAUCAGACCGCCGCGAUUGGCCGCGAGGUCGUCUUCUCUUGCAGCGUACGCAACAUAAGCAUUCGCAAAUAUAAGGUUGGCUGGCUGCGCACCUCAGACCAGACUAUUCUGUCGAUUCACACUAGAAUCGUGACGCAUAAUGCACGUAUCACGGUUACCUAUGAAAGUGGGGCAAGCUCUGGGUCCGCCGGUGCAUCCGGCGGUGCUUCAGGAGUGACCGGAAGUAGCCAAGCUACGGAGGAAAUCGUCGACGGUACGUGGCGUCUGCACAUUCGCCAACUGAAGGAAACCGACAGAGAUUGUUACAUGUGCCAGAUUAACACUAGCCCGAUGAUAUCUGAGCUCGGUUGUCUCGACAUACAUGAUUCAUGCGAUAUUUGCAAACUUUCCGCAUUGUCUUUAGCCGCGGUAUCAAACACGUUUUAA